AUGAGAUUUUCGCAUAUUUUUCAUUCCUUUCUUUUAUUUCCUCAGACAAAAUAUAUAUCCAACAGAAAUUUUUUGUUAAAAAAUUUUUCAAGCUCAAAUAAAAUGAUACAUACCUUCGAUUUUGAGGUUUUUGGAAAAGUACAAGGUGUUUUUUUUCGAAAAUAUACCAAGUUGGAAGCUGAUAAAUUAAACAUAAAAGGUUAUGUUCAGAAUACUAAUGUAAAUACUGUUAUAGGUAGAGCUGAGAGUGAUAACAAAGAAACGUUGGAGAAGUUUAAAAACUUCUUGACUAAUAUUGGUAGCCCCUCUUCAAAAAUUAAUAAAUGUGUUAUAAGUAAUGAGAAGGUCAUGGACAAUUACUGCAGUCCUGAUUUUACCAUAAAGAGAUAA